AUGGCGGCCAGGAUACUGGCGGCACUGGUGCUGGUGGCAUGCGCGCGCAUGUCAGGAGCAGACAGUGAGGGCUCCUCGUGCCCUCCUGGGAGAUUCCUGGACAACAAGACCGACGGCUGCAGCAGCUGCUGCCCGACCAACUUCGUCUCUCAUGCGCCGUGUGGCCAGCUCGCAGCAUGGCUCGCUGACGCGUCCUCGAGGGUACAGCUGGACCCGAAAGUGGGAUCGGAGGUGUGGAGAAAUACGACGGGAGGGAACAUAGAGCAUGCCCCGGCUGUGAGUGCCGACGGGACGAGGGUCUACGUAGUGUCCGAUGACCGACAGGUGUACUCUCUCGAUGCAGCGACGGGGAUUAAGGGCUGGUCCUACCAAUCCCAACAGCAGUUUUCCACCUCUCCAGCUACAAGUCGAGCAGACAACAAAGUUUAUGUCGCAUCUGGUCAAAGUCUUCACGCUCUCGAUGCCAUCACAGGGGCUCAGGUUUGGGUUCGCUCCUUGCAGACGCCAGUCUCAUCGAGAGUCGUCGUGAGCACCAGCGGUCGAAGUGUUUUCGUGGGCACGUCAGACGGUGUCGUCCUCGCUCUCAACCCCUCGAAUGGUGUGACGCUAUGGUCAGCAGCAGCUGCACGUGAAGAUCCAGUACCGUUCUUGCUUGCAUUAAGUACAGAUGGCAGCAGACUGUUUGUGGGCUACAGCGACUCGACUUUGAGAGCUUUGAACGCGAGCACAGGCUCCGUCUUGUGGCGCUUUAAGAUGCAAGGAACAUUCGCUUCCUGGCCUGCUGUGAGUGCAGAUGGCAGUCGAGUUUUCAUGUGCUCUCAGAGUGAGGGGGUCAUGGCGAUCAACACACUUACGGGAUAUCUGCUAUGGCAAUGGAAGCACGCAGCAACCUCCUUCUUGUUGGCUGACGAUCCUGGAGCAGGGCGGCUGUACGUGGGGAUCGAGAGCGGCAUGUUGUUGGCACUGGACUCCUCUGACGGAUCGGAAGCAUGGGGCUCAAGGCAGUUGCUCUCUGCGAUGUCAAGCCUGGCUGUGAGUGCUGAUGCUUCGCUUGUGUUUGUGGGCACUGCAAGCAACGAAAUCCACUCCUUCUCAGCUCUCAACGGAGCAUCGGUAUGGAAGUAUACCACAGCUGAGAAAGCUCUCGGUCCCAUCAGCCUCGCUCUCGACCCCAGCAGCUCCUACCUGUUCGUGGCGCAAGGCUCUUCUGUCUUGGCUCUCGAGACUCGAUUCCGCCUGGUUGACUGGUACCUCAACGCGUUUUCACAGCCCUCCUGUUCUUCUCUCCACAUGAUGCAGCUGUGGUCAUUCCAGUCGGCGUCAGUCUUCCCUGUCGUGAUCAGCAAUGACGGCAACUUAGGCUACUCGUCGUCGGGGUCGGAGGUGAAGGUGUUCAGCACUCAGACGGGGAGCUUGCUUCGAACUUUCGAUUUUGACAGCGAGACUCUGACGGCUCCUGCUCUCACUCCAGACGGACGAGUCAUGGUCGUGGGCCUUGGGACCCCCUCCUCCUCGUCGGAACAACAGGAUGAAACGAGCAUUCGUGCGAGAGACAGCGUGACCGGACAAGAGCUGUGGUCUUACUCUCCUGGGACCUCCUGGUCCUCAGCCCCAUACGUGAGUUACGAUGGCAGCAGCGUUUACGUGCUGACAGAUGGCUCUCCGAGCCUGCUGGCGCUGGACGCAAACAGUGGCAGGUUGAAGUGGAGUGUUCAUUUUGAUGUCACUUCCUCCGCAAGCUUUUUAGAAUCUGGCGACAAGCUCUACAUCACGAGCGCAUCGAGGUUGCUCGUCUACAACUACAAUGCUUCUUCAGCCUCUCUGUCAUGGUCGGUCCAGAGAGGCCAGCAAGCUCUCUCUCCUCCCUGUGUGAGCUCCAACGCUCAGCUCGUCUUCUUUGCAACGGACAAGAGCCUCCACGCCCAGCAGACGUCUGGAGGGGCACAAGUCUGGACGGUCUCUACGGGAACAAGCUUCUGUUCUGCACUUACGGCGAACCCUCAGCAAGACUUGCUGCAUGCAGCAUGCAGUGACAAGCGUAUCCUGACCCUCAACGCCUCCUCUGGCGCAACCAUCUGGUCGCAGGACUUUGGCGCUUUUCUUCUCACCCGGCCGGUUGUGGGUCCUCGCGGGCAAUUUCUCUUCGUCUGGUCCUCUGACGGCUCUGUUUCUGCUCUUCUCGCGUCCUCUGGUGAGGGCGUGUGGCAUUGGAGCAGCGGCAAGACAUCCGCGCACAUGCUCCCCGUGCUGAGUCCAGACGGUUGGACCGUGUACGUGACGUCAGCAUCGGACGAGGUCCUAGCGUUGGAGAUAGAGCCUUGUAUCUCCGUGCUCGCUUCCCCUGGCACCCUGCGGUAUCAGAGCAAACCGCUCGGACUGAACUUUGAGUGCAACAUCAUUGACGAGUCAAAUCAGUUUACUCUUCAGGCUCCUCCAACCUCCGGCCUUGUUACCUCCACUGUCGCCUCCUCGCCUCCGCCUCCCACGACUUGGGCCCCUCUAACCACGCCGCUCCCCGUCCUGUUCAGCGGCGAGCGCUUGAAGGUGUGGUUUCACUGCAAGGUAUCCGGACUGGCAGUGUCGGAGUACCAGGGGCCGGUGAAAGAAGCGUUCCAAGAAGCCGUGCUGACGUCCAUGGGCCUGCAACAAGACUCCUCCACCUCCAUCACAAGCACUGCAAGCAGCUCUCAGUCAAGACGUGCAGCCGCUCAAGUCGACAUCCUCUCGACAGUCGUGACGUCAGUGUCAAACAAGGAGAAAGCGAUGGCGACGACAAGCGCGUCACUGGCGGACAAGAUCGCUCACAACCCGACGCUUCAUUCCAUGGGAGUAUCUCUGAUCUCCAUGGGCACUUUGUCCUUUCAACUCAUAAAGACGUUCGCGGCUCCGCAGGCCCUCGAACCGUCCGGCCCCUCCAACUUCCUCGUCGUCGUACUGGUGCCUACGCUGGCAGGAUCGAGCUUGCUGUUCUGCUGCUUCGUCGCAGCUCGCAAGAGAUGCUGGCAUCGAUCGGACACUCCUUCCUCACGGCGGGGGGCAACGUCAGCUCUGCCGCCGGCUGACUGUGUGCCGUCAGCUCCUAGCUACGAGUCUGUCUUCGGCCAUCCUGCCAGUGAAUCGCACGAGGACCUCGCCAACGCGUGA